AUGUCGACGGUGGACGAUGGAAAGAGAUCAAGACAAGCUCAAGGACAAGAAGCGAGGACAAGAAACGGCGUUAACACGAUGGGAUGUGUAGUUACGAUUACCUUCAUGAUCAUCUUGUUCCUGUCGUCAACGGCUACUGGGCAAAGGCAGAGCUCCCGAGAUUCACGCGAGACGAUGGGAUAUGAUCCCUCCAAAGAGACGUUAGGGACAGUGAGCAUGCCAUCUAUGCCUUCAAAGGACUCAUCCUUCCUUAUCGAUGGAAACAAGCAGAACUCCCAGCCGAUGCGGGCUUCAGGAUUCCCAGAUGUACAGAAUCAGAUCUCUGCUCCAAGCUCCUCCGCUCCAUGCAAGUGCCCUGCAGGCAACCAGGCAAGAGGUGGGAAUGUUGCGACUGCAGCUGCGACUCUCGGUGCUCUGAUGUGGGCAGGAGGUCAGAUUCCGCAAAUGAGCAAAGUUUGGAAGUCUAAGAAUGCUCAGUCAUUCUCUGCGAUGACUUUGUUCUUCCAAUUGGGUGCAUCUUUUCUCUGUGCAAUCUAUGCCUUGUUGUCUGGAUCGUUCACUCUCACACUGUUUUCCAUGUUCUUAUUUGGCAGGUGA